CCUGCCUGUGGCCCAGCAUGGCUGGUCUCAUCAAGAAGCAGAUUUUGAAGCACCUGUCCAGGUUUACAAAGAAUCUCUCCCCUGAUAAAAUCAACUUGAGCACACUCAAAGGGCAGGGGCAGCUGACUAAUCUAGAACUGGAUGAAGAAGUUCUGCAGAAUUUGCUGGAUCUGCCCACCUGGCUAGCCAUUACUCGAGUUUUUUGUAACAAGGCCUCCAUCAGGAUUCAGUGGACUAAGCUGAAGACUCACCCAAUCUGUCUGUAUUUGGAUAAAGUUGAAGUGGAGAUGCAGACAUGUGAAGAGCCCCGGCCACCCAAUGGACAGUCUCCCAUCGCCCUUGCUUCAGGACAAAGUGAAUAUGGGUUUGCAGAGAAGGUUGUGGAAGGUAUGUAUAUUAUUGUCAAUUCAAUUACCAUUAAGAUACAGUCCAAGGCCUUCCACGCAUCAUUUGAAUUAUGGCAACUUCAAGGAUAUAGUGUCAACCCCAACUGGCAGCAAAGUGAUCUUCGUUUUACCCGAAUCACUGAUUCACAUAAGGGAGAGGUUUUAACAUUUAAAGAACUCACCUGGCAGACUCUUCGGAUAGAAGCUGAUGCUACAGAAAAUGGAGAACAAGAUCCCCUCACUACCCCACUAAGACUUAUUACUAACCAGGGCAAAAUCCAAAUAUCGCUUAAGAGAAAAACAAAGGAUUGCAAUGUGGUGGCAUCUAAGCUCAUGUUCCUUCUUGAUGACUUGCUAUGGGUGCUGACUGACUCCCAGCUUAAAGCUAUGAUGAAGUAUGCAGAGUCCUUGAGUGAAGCCAUGGAGAAAUCAGCCCAGCAGAGGAAAAGUUUGGCUCCUGAACCUAUCCAAAUCACACCUCCUAUUCCCAGUAGCCAACAGACUUGGUCCCAGUCAUUUGGCAGCACUCACAAAGCGAUCAGCCAGUAUUUUGAGAUACAUGAUAUGAAAGAAUCUUCCUAUCACCUUCUUAUUUCCCGUUUGGACCUUCACAUCUGUGAUGAUAGUCACACUCGAGAAACAGGUGCUUCCAAACAUGGUAUAAUGGGAGGUGCAAUGCAGCUAACAUUUAGGAGGAUGGGAUUUGACUAUUAUCCUUUCCACUGGGCAGGAGAUAACUGCAAACAUUGGGUGCAGUAUUGCGAUGCCAUGGAGACCCGGGAACAUUGGGCAAAAAAACUAGUGAAUGAAUUCCAAAACAAGAUGGGAAAAUAUAGCGAAGAGAUAAGUUCUGCUGUCUCCAAAACUGCAGAGGGGGAAUCUCUCUUCAAAAAGAGACCAGGUGUUCUUUCUAGUUCUCCAAAAAGUUCUCCAGAGAAGGGAUUACAUCAGGCUAGCACACCAUCUCAUGUCCUGUUAGGACUCCAAUGGCCUGCAUGGAAUAGACUCCGAUCCAGUUGCCUAGUUGUUCGAGUUGAUGAUCUGGAUAUUCAUCAGGUUUCCACAGCUGGACAACACAGUAAGAAACCUUCAACAUUACUUUCAUGUAGGAGAAAAUUAUUGAAUCUUCCGGAACAUACACCAGCAAUCCAUAUAGUAUUCACAGAGUACUAUUUUCCAGAUCACACUACUUUUCCAGUCCCAUGUCCAAACCUGUACCUGCAAAUGAAUGGUUUGGUUUUCACUUUGGACACAGGGAGCAUGCUUUGGGUGAAUUUAUUCUGCCUUGAUCUUUAUCGCAGUCUACAACAAUUUAAAGCUAUAUACAAGCUGGAGAACUCGGGGAAAAGGGAUGAACACAUUGAUAUUAGAUUGGAUGGCUUUAUGUUAAAGGUAAACAUCCCAGUGGACAAGAAAGUAAUUGAUCACCAGGACCGUCCUCAAUGUCUCUCCAUUUGCACAUCAGCAGUGACAGCUACUAAUACAAGGCAUGCACCUCAUUGCAGCUGUUUAGCCCUGCAGAACCUGUUCCGUAGAUUUGCUGCUUCUGAAUUCUUCCACUCUAGCUAUACCAAAUUUCCUAAAUUUCAGGACAACUUUAGUCUCUUGCAUACUCUCUUUCUGCGUCAUGCAUACCAAGUUGAUACCAGUGUCCAGCAACAUACAGAUUACUGCCAUUUCCCUGGCAAAUCUUCCAUUUUUGAAGAUCUUUGGUCUGUUAAUUUUACCGAGAUCUCCUUGGACUUUGAGGGGACCAAGAGUUCCAAAGGGGAGACCCUUAACUUUAUCUAUCCUUUUCCACUCUGUGUGUGGGCUUGCCUCCCAAAGAAAUGGGAGGAAGCCCAGACAAGGAUGCUGCAGGUCUCAUCUAUCUCACAAGUUAAACUUAGAUCUUCCACUACUUGUAGUAACCAUGCUAAGCACCAGGACUUUUCCAGUGAGGAGCAAUUCUGCCAAAGAUCAAAGACUGAGGAGAAUUUGAGAAGCAUCUAUCUUACCCCAGAGGCAAAGGAAGUCUUGGAAGAAAACAGUUGUACUGUUAAUGAUGAAGGGAACGAUAAUGAUAUGGAAGUAUCUGCUGAUAUCCAUGUUCUUCUAUAUUCAAGUGCACACGUGAAGGUGCAACUCAACCAUUAUCAGUAUUUGAUGCUACUUAGAAUGAAGGAAGUCUUGCAGACUUUUCAACGGCAAUUUACCCUAGAUAUCCAGGAAAUAAUUGGGUCACCUUUAGAUUCCAUAACCACUUGCAUAGGCAUCAUGUUGAACAGUACUGAGGUGGCUUUGCUAAUGCAUCCUGUUCCUGGUUCUUCACUAGAACCUAGAUCUGUAGAUUCAGAUACUACUAGUCUAAUUGAAUCUGAACUCUCACCUUCAGACAGUAGGGAAGGACUAACUGCUGAAGGCAAAGAGCUGAAGUCAGAUGUUAGCUCCGGGAAGGAAAAUGGCAGUCCCACAAAAAUGUUAAAAGAUAGCGGAUCUGAUAAUACAGAUAGGAGUGUGACUGCAUUGCAAAAUGGAAUGCUGAAAACACAGACUGAUGGAUCCUUGGCAGAAGAAUUUCAUAGCCAGACCACUGGACAGAAGGGCCCUAUAGAAGAAGCACAUGAAGCUGAAGAAGUCCUUGGUGCAGAGAAACACUAUGAGCUUGUCAACCUUUCUAAGACAUCUGAAGUUCUUCCUUCCAGACCAUCUUCCAUUGUAGAUCCUUUAGGUGGUAUACAUGUCUCCCUCAAUGGGCAAGAAGAAUUGAUUCCAUUAAGAAACAUGGAGUUGGAAUUAUCUAGUGCAUUGCAUAUAACAAAGGAUGCCACCAAGGAAGCCUUUCAUGUGACUAUGGACCUCACUAAAGAAGCCAUGUCAAUAACAAAAGAUGCUUUCAGCUUGAGCAAGGAAAAAAUGGCUUCCACUAUGCAGAAAAUGCUGUUCUACCCCCAAAUCAAAGAUCUUUCACCAAAACCUGAAGAGGCGGCAGUGACUCAAGUAGGAAGUAGUGGUGAAUGUAUGCGCUUCUCCUCCAUGAAGAAGACUACUUCACAACAUUCCUUUGAUACCAGUUCACUAGAUGGCAGUGGUCUUGAAGAUAGACUGUCAGUAGAUAGUGAUGGCAGUGAUGGCUUUGUAAUGCUUAUGGAUUCAGAGCCUAGCCUCAAUCUUCUUACUCUAGGACAACUUCCUCAGAUCCUUAAUGAUAGAGACAUUAGAGCAAGCUCAGUGGGAGAUGAAGAAAGAGGAUCAACGUGUAUUAACAGCUCAGCUUCUCUGAGUGGACAGGAUCCUAAUACCCAAUUGGUUUCUGUCUUGGUGUUAAAAAUGAAUGAAUUAAAUUGUGUAAUAGAAUCAAAAGGAGAUGAUAUGACACUUGCUCUUCAAAUUAUGGAAGUAUCCCCUGAACAUCUAGGAAAUAUAAAUAUGUGGCACUACCUGCAGAAUGCUCCCACAGGAGAUCCAAACACAGAGAGGCCUACAACCACUGAAACUAUCCAAACCCAACCUGAGGUGUGUUUACGAUAUGAAAUUGGACCAAGUGCUGUUGUGCACUCACCUCUGGCUGUCCAAAAUGGAUUUUUUCAUAUGCUGAUCCAUAGCUAUGAGGCAGAACUGCUGACAUCAUCUCUUUCUAGCAUUGGACUCUUCCUUGAGGAUGAGAUUGUUCCUGAAGUUAUUCCCAUGAAGAUUGAAAUUGUGGAUACCAAGAUUACACUGAAGGAUGACAGCCCUCGAGUGUAUCCUACCUCUCCUGGUCCAGUGCCUAUAAUCUUAGCAAUGGACCACAUUAUUGUUCAUUGUAAAGAUGACGGAAUGUUCUUUAUAACAGCUGCACAGAGAGAAGAAUCUUCUGUCCAGAAAACAAUCCAAGAAGAUCUUAAGAAACAACAAAUUCCAGUAGAGAGAAUAUCUAUAGUUUCAGCAGGAAGUGAUGAUGAACCAGAGUUGAAAGCAGCAUCCACUUUGGAGAGAGAGCUACAGAUCACUCAGAGAGCCCUUGCAGAAGCCAAUCAAGACAAAUUACGUCUACUACAGGAAAUCAAGAAAUAUGAUCCUCUCUUCCAGCUUUGACAACAAAGACCUGGGCAAGAGAUGCUCAGAACAAUCAGAAAUUACUACCAGCAUUGAAAAAAUUUACUUGUUGAAAGCAAAGCAGUUAACUUGAUCAUCUUCAUUCAAGAGCUACUACCUUGAAAAUAGAAGCAGAAUGCCAUUACAGGAGAUAGAAGUGGAGAUGUAGCAAGAAAGUACAUGGGAAUAAGAUGAUCUGGAGACUGGAUUUUGUAGCCCAGCUGUGUCUAGACAGCAUGAAACUGUACUCUAGCUAAAGCAUGGCACUACUAUCAGUUGAAUAGUGAGACAAGAAAAAGUUACUCUUGAGUUACAUAAAGUGGUGCUGAUAAACUCCUAAUGUUUCUUGCCAUAACCUGCUUCUGCAGGUAGGUGUUGGGGACAUGCUUACCCUGCACUAAAGAAAUUACAUUCUGCUUAGCUCAGGCCUAGUUAGGGAAUGAAAAUAAAUAUCUUGGAACUCUGCUGUAGCAACAUGAGUUUGAAACAUAGAAGAAUGAAGAUGCAAUUACAGGCCCAGCACAAGAAAAGAAUGCUAGGAACAGAAAAUGCAAAAUCCAUCAUCUCGCUGUUCUUAUGGAAAAGAGUUUGGGUAGCCACAAUUUCUCAUGAAACUUUAUUCCCUAGUCUCGUUUCCUUAUAAUAAUCUGUUAGUGGAGAAUCGGGACACCAGCCUUCCUUGUGCUUAUUGUCCACCUCCUCCAUCAAAAUGGAUUUACAGCCAUUUUGGAGUAUAAUUUGAUGAGAAAGUGCCUGACUAAAUGUUUUGUCCUUAUUAGUGAAAAUGUACAGUACUGUGCAAAAGUUUUAGGC